UGGCUAUUAAACUUGCCCUCUUCCAGCAGCAGUGACGUCGCGCUCACAUGUAAUUCCAUAAAAAAAUGCUGAAGUGGACAAAUAUCUAGAGGUUCGGGACGCCUAAAGGUUGGUGUUAAUUGGCGUAGAGGGUGAGAAGUGCGCGAGAGAAGGAGCGAGAAGGAGAGAGGAUGGAGAGCCCAGCGAGGCCGCCCCCCGCACCGUCAGCGCCUUCGGGAGAACAGCUGAUCGAGCGCUCCUCCAGCUGCGAGGGGGAACCGCUGCACUUCGGGCUUCAGGCGGCGACCAAACAACCCCAGCAGCAGCAGCCACAGCCACAGCACGCGAGGGGGUACCAGCUGAACCACCUGCCAGUAGCUCAGAACGUCAAUUUGCAAUGGAAAUCGUCUGAGGAUAUAUUUAUGUCGAGCUCUGGAAGCACGAUAUUGAGUCAGCCAAUAAACGAAGAGGAUGGAGAGCCAGUAUGUUACACUAAAUCUGGCAGCUCCCAUCGCUUGGUGACCUCUGUGUCCGCAUACCCCUUGUCCAACACCAACACCGUUUCCACUGGCAUGAGCAAUUCAACAUCUGCUGCUGCUUCUACCUCCACCAUAUCUUCCACAUCUUCUUCCUCAUCAGCCUCCACAAAUGCCUUCUCCCACAUGAAUUCUCUCCAGUCCCCCCCCACGUCCAGUAUGACUCCUUCAGGUUGCCACGCCAGUACCAACGCCAACCUCACUUACGCUGUCAGUAACAGCUCCGAGAUGCCAGUGUCCACCAUCAUCAGCACUUCCACCCCAAUUGGAGAUGUAAACAAUGCCCAGUGUAACUCCAUGGGUGGCAUAACUCCUCUUGACCUGUCCACCAUACCCCCAAUAACACACGUCACACUGCCCACACCUACUGAAAAUGGAGAGGGUAGAUUCAGCCACAGUCCCACACCAAGUCCAAAACCAAGUCCUACUCUCUUGCCACGGCAACCUUCCUGUGAUAGCAGUGAUGACCGAACAAACAGAAAUGAGAACUCAGGAUAUAUAUCUAGAGAGGGUAGUAUGGAGCGGUCAUAUGUGGAUACUUCGAUUGACCACCAGCCCAUGGACAAGACAGUUCCACACGACUCAGUGAGCCGAUCAUCCGAGUCUAGUCGGUCUGUAGAGGCGCCUCGGACCCCAGAGAUUAGCCACAGUAUUAAUGGUCUCGCAGUCAAAGAAAGAAAAGAGUCCCGAGACUCUAAAUCUAGUGAUAAGAAGAGCAAUAAGGCAUGGUACAAGAUGCUGAAUCCAACUUACAAAAGCAGAUCAGAGGACUUGAAAAGAUUAUUUAAAGACCUGCCAUCAGAUGAACGACUUAUUGUGGAUUACUCUUGUGCACUGCAGAAAGACAUUUUAGUCCAUGGGCGCCUCUAUGUGACACCAAACUACUUCAGUUUCUACUCAAAGAUAUUUGGGUGGGAGACAUUUGUAUCGAUUCGCUGCAAGGACAUCAUAGCGAUGACAAAGGAAAAGACGGCUCUUGUGAUUCCAAAUGCCAUUGAAAUCCGAACUGAGGGAGAAAAACACUUCCUUACAUCAUUUGCUUCCAGAGAUAAAACAUACUUAAUGCUCUUUAGAAUUUGGCAAAAUGCUUUAAUGGACCAGGUGGGAGACCUUUCCAUUGUUGCUGUUGCAUUUAGAUGGGGUCAUUUGUUAUUGCUCAGCAUCACAAAGCACAGGAUGCUUGUCACUGAUAGCCAUCCAUUGCUCCUACCAUGGGGCCCACAUAACCAUGUAACAAGGUUAUGUCCCAUGGUAAACUUUGCGCACACCAGCUUCCUUUACCCUCAGUCUUCUGCAAUGCCUAAGAAUGAUCCAACAGAUUACUCUUGUGCACUGCAGAAAGACAUUUUAGUCCAUGGGCGCCUCUAUGUGACACCAAACUACUUCAGUUUCUACUCAAAGAUAUUUGGGUGGGAGACAUUUGUAUCGAUUCGCUGCAAGGACAUCAUAGCGAUGACAAAGGAAAAGACGGCUCUUGUGAUUCCAAAUGCCAUUGAAAUCCGAACUGAGGGAGAAAAACACUUCCUUACAUCAUUUGCUUCCAGAGAUAAAACAUACUUAAUGCUCUUUAGAAUUUGGCAAAAUGCUUUAAUGGACCAGCAAAUGAGUGCAACUGAACUGUGGCAGUGGGUUCACUCUAGCUAUGGUGAUGAAUUGGGCCUUACCAGUGAUGACGAUGACUAUGUAGCCCCAUCUACUGAAGACGAUGCAAAGACCAACACUAGCAACAUGCAUAGUGAUCGUGCAUGUGAUUCUUCAAGUAUAAAUACAAACCUCAAGCUCUACACAGGCGAUUCAAUGGAAACUGUGGUAGCUCUGAUCUCGACUCUGUGCAAGAUAUUUCUCGAGUUUGAAAAGGAACAAAUGGCAGGAUAUAGUGUAUUGGAUUUGAUGGUCAGGGACUGCCACUUUUUCAUGCCACUACCAACAAGUGGAGAGUGA